AUUGAAUGUCGAUCAUCUAUACUUAUACCGUAAGGUCCCUUUUAACCUUUUUGUACUAUUAAGCACCAGACGAUAUUAUAUGUCGAUCGUUCCGUUGGCUACCGACCACCUUCUAGAAAAGUCAUCCGAUCUCAUCUAUAUAAGAAGCGCACCCCCAUUCAUUUCCCCCUUCGUGUGUGUGUGUGUGUUUUACGUAUUUCUACCCGUCGUAAGGCUGUCUGUCCAUAUCUCGCAGAGGAUCGUUUAAACUCGCCCGCUCGAUCCGUUCGUUCGUUACCAAAAAAAAAGUAUAUACCCCAAAAGACAGCAAAAAUGGCACCCCUUCGCGUGCUAGCACUACCCACCUUCGCGGCGCUAGCUGCCGCUAUUAGCAUCUCGGACUACGUGCCGGCUUGCGGACCGCCGUGUAUCACGGACACCGUAUCGCAGCACACCACCUGCGCCGCGACUGACAACGCCUGCAUUUGCGCUGAGGUCUACACCGUGAAGCGAGAUGGCGAGGUCUGCCUUCGAGACGCCUGCUCCACCACCGACUAUGGUAGUGUGAUGAGCGGCAUCGACGCUUUCUGCAAGGCCGUCGCUUCGGGACCGACUAGCAGCCCCACAUCUACUAGCAGCACCGCUUCCCCGAGCACCUACCCGACGAGCACUGACUCGUCCACCUCAUCUCCCGCUCCUACUUCGUCUAGCUCGACGGAGACUUCCACGUCAACUGACACUGGAUCCGGCUAUCCCACCGCAACCCCCUCAAGCUCCGGCUCGAGCACUAAAACCCCGUCCUCGUCGUCUGCCGCCAGCUCCUCUUCGGCAACCGGCUACCCUACCUCUUCUCCCAGCGCCCCUGCCAGCAGCUCUUCAGCCCCCAGCUCGCCGGGCUCUUCGGAGUCUGCUACCCCUUACCCUACGUCUGGCGGCUCUACCCCUACCACCAGCGCUUCUGCUGGUUUCACCACGACUUCAUCUGGCGCCACUUCUAGUGCUAGCGCAAGUGCGAGCGCGAGCACGACCCCCGUCACCGGCGCCGGCUCCAGAGCCGAUUCUCGCGUCGGCGCGGGCAUCGCCGCCCUCUUCGCCGCCAGCGGCUUCUUCUACCUCGCUUUGUAAGAUUGCGUCGGAUGACUUGCGUACGAAUGAUGAUGUUGCGUCGUGGGAUCUGGGUCUUGACGGUUCGUUGUUUAAUGAGCAACCCCUCUCGGAAGGGCAUAUCCGCUCCUAGAUUGAGGGGACUUUUAAGAUUGCAAACUUGUAGAUAGCUUUUUUGAUUAUGCAUGCGCUCGGGCAUGUCAGUACAUAUUAAAUGCAAACAUAUAUACAUACCUACCUAUAUAUGUCUCCUAA